UUGUCCCGGCUGGGCAUCCCCCAACCGCCGGGAGCGUCGGUUACCUCGGUGUCGGAGGCCCUCCAGGUGGCCCAGAACAUCGGCUACCCGGUGGUUGUGCGGCCCAGCUACGUGCUGGGCGGCCGAGCCAUGGAGAUUGUCCAGAACGCUUCCGAACUGGUUCGCUACCUUACCGUGGCAACCGAGGUAACCCCGGAACGGCGGGUCCUGGUGGACCACUACAUGGAAGGCAAGGAAUGCGAGGUUGACGCCAUCUGCGACGGCGAGCAGGUGCUGAUUCCCGGCAUUAUGGAGCAUAUCGAGCGGGCCGGUGUCCACAGCGGUGACUCCAUGGCCAUCUACCCCGGCCUCAACCUCACCGAGCAGGAAGUGGACACCCUCGUCGAAUAUACCACCCGCAUCGGCCUGGCCAUGGGCGUACGGGGCUUGAUGAACAUCCAGUUCGUCAUCCAGGGCGGCGCCGCCUACCGUAGUCCCCAUUCCCCUACCGACGAUACGGAGACGACCGUUUACAUCAUUGAGGUCAACCCCCGGGGCAGCCGCACCAUUCCCUUUAUAUCCAAGGUUACCAGCGUGCCGGUCGCCCACAUCGCCACCCGGGUCAUGCUGGGCGAGACCCUGGCUGACAUGGGCUAUUCCGGCGGAUUGUGGCCGCGGCAGAAAUUGGUGGGCAUCAAGGCCCCGGUCUUCUCCAUGUCCAAGCUGGUGGGCGUAGACUCCUAUUUGGGCCCGGAGAUGAAGUCCACCGGCGAGGUUAUGGGUAUUGACCGCGACUUCCCCAGCGCCCUGUCCAAGGCCCUGUUGGCGGCCAGCCUGAACCUUAAAAAGGGGGAUGGCAUACUCCUGAGCAUCGCCGACCAGCACAAGGCCGAGUCGCUGGCGUUGAUCCGCGAACUGCUGGAGGCAGACUGCAAGCUAUACGCCACCGAGGGCACGGCAGCCAUGAUCCAGGCCACCGGCAUGCCGGUAACCAUGGUAACCAAGCUCCUGACCGAGUCCUACCCCAACGUCGUGGACGUCAUCAACGACGGCACGGUGAGCGCGGUGGUCAACACCCUGUCGGGCGACACAUCCGUGAUGCGGGAUGGGUACUACAUCCGUCGGGCCGCGGUGGAACACCGCAUACCUUGCUUCACCUCGCUCGACACGGCCCGGGCCGCUGUAGAAGCAUUGCUGAUGCAAGGCGGUGGCUACAGUGUCGAGCAGAUAGACGCCUAUUUGCGGCCUGUGGAGGGGUAG